AUGGCAUUUGUUCCACUUGAAGAUAUCCCUGUGGCUUACAAUACUUUAAUGAAUUCGGAAUUUUAUGACAUAAACAAAGAAUUAUUGGAUCCACUCUUGGAUUAUUAUGAGGGAACUUGGAUGGGUGAAGUUAAUCGUCGUGGUGUUCGUAGGCUGCAUCGUUUUGAUUACUUAUUAUGGAAUCAUUACGAUUCCGUAAAAAACUUUGAGCCACGCACAAAUAAUGCUUGUGAGGGGUGGCACAAUGCUUUUUCAGUUCGUGCACAAGCCAGUCAUGUCUCCAUCUGGAAACUUAUAAACUUAUUAAAAGCAGAACAGGGUACAACAGAGUUAAAAAUUCAUCAGCAAGAGGCCGGCCGCGAAUGUCAUAAAAAAAAGAGGAAUUAUGUGGAUUAUGAAGCUCGAUUGGAGAGAGUAGUAAUGAAGUACGACAAAGAGCUAGUUGUAGAGUUUUUGGAACAUGUUGCUCAAAACGUUUGGUUUUGA